AUGUCUCUAGAGACUGCCGCCUCGCGAGGCAAUUUACUCAAGAGGCAGCUCGCCCUGAAGGCGAGGCGAGGUUUCCUGCCGAAUCUACUGCGUCACCUGCAGACUUCAGCUGUGCUUGACGCGCUCAAGUGCUUCAUACGGCUCAACGACCUCUUCAACAAGCUCAUUAUGGAGUGGCUAGAAGAGCAUCAGUUCCUGGAAGCCCUGAUCGCGAUCAUCUGCGGCUCGUACGAACCGCCGCCGCUUGCGCCGCGCGCGCCGCCCUGCGAUCUAGAAAAAGGACAACAGGAGGAGAGUGAGAAAGCGGAAAAGGAGGCCGUUGAGAAGGGAGACCUGGACUCGCAGGAUAAAGAAGUUCGAGAAGACCCACCAUCCGAGCAGGCGACGGGCGACAACGCACAGGCGGAAGCGGAGGUGGAGGCGAAAGCGGAGCGGGCGGCGGAGCGCGUCCGCGCCGUCGCCGCCGCCAACGCCGCCGCUCUGCUCACUGACAUCAUCCUCACUGGCUGCGCGGCGGAUUACAGCCAGGUCUCGCCUGCUGGGAAUACAAGUUCCGUCGGCCGGUCCCGCACCGCCCAAGCGCUGGUGGCGCGCGUGACGUCACCGCAAGGCGUCGGCGCGCUGCUGCAGGGCAUGUUCACGAGCCCCGCGCCCGCCAGGCGACACGCGCUAGUCCACGGAGCCAGGCUACUACUCGCUAUGCGGGAGGAUUUUGAUUACAAUUCUGAGGGUGGUUCUGGGACCAGCACACGAAACGGCGUGGAGUUGGCUGUGGCACCGCAUUUGCCGCUCCUACACACAGCGCUAUUGCAGCCGCCCGAACCUUAUAUACACGAGCCGUCAUCGUGGGAAGCGCCGACGGACGGCGGCGGGGGCGCUGCCGCGGCGUGCGGCGACGCGCCCGCCGUGCCAGCCGCGCCCGUCACCACCGAGCUGCCCGCGCCCGAGCGCGAGCACGAGCCUCCGCCCGCGUCCGCGCACCCGUCGAGGCACCCGAGCGAGCAGCCGAGGCAACCGACAAUAAACAACAGCCGACCGCUGCGGAAGGAGCACGGAGGCGCCGAAACCGCCUCCCGCUCCGAGAGUGGCGGUGGGCGCGGCGCGACUACAGGUUAA